CUAAGGAAGUCAAUAAGCUCUCUCCACCAAAGAAAAGAUAUGUGUCUUGAUUUUAAUCUCUCGAACUGGCUUGGAAUCUAUUAGCUUCAAUUUCCUUAUAACUUUCCUUGCUUUAAAAUGCACGAUCUUAGUUUCUCCUGUCUGUUAAUGUCAGGAACUACUCUUCCUUUCCCAAGCCGUAAGUGUCCCCAAAGGAGAUUUCAUUCUGGAAACGUUGGAUGCUGAAAGCACAAAGAAAUUCAAGCUGAAUGUUUAUCAUUUGGCAAUUGAAGAGGACAUUCAGUGUGGGAAGAUUUGCUCAAAGGAUGGACCCACCAACAGUUUGUGUACCUUGGCGUAGCCCACCUCACAUACAGAGUCAACGAAACAUGCCUAGUAACAUCGAUCUGGAGCAAAAUGUCAUCUACUCGGACGUCUAUGCUCUCGAUGAAAUUAAUAUCAACAAAUCGAUAAAAAGAAAUGCAUUUGGGACACGCAUCCAGAUAAAAGAAGUGCCAAUACCACAAUUGUACCAGAAAGCACUACACAAAGUUCCAGGUAGUCCAGGUGCCAAAGGAAUGAGAUCUGUGGUGGUUUCCGCUGCUAGGUGGGAUGCCACUGAUCACAGUCCUACUGUUCUUCAGAGACAGAAGAAUGGAUUUGCAUCAGACCAGCAGUCUCCUUCCAGCCAGCAGGUGCUUCGUUUACAAGAAAAACAGAGAAUGAUAGAACAAUCCAAGGCACUGAAACAAAUAGUGCAGACAGUGCCGCAUAGAGUGGACCGACUGUAUUACAUCUGUGGAAACCACAUACCAAUUCGGCCCAAGUAUGAGGUGGACAUGACUGCACUGAAAAGGUUACAGAUGAAAGGAUCCAGUCAGGAGGCUACCAUAUCUCAAAAAGGCCACAACGAUUUGAUGUGCAAUGAUAGUGAGGAAAAUGAGCCACACUGCAGCUUUGAGGCCCAAGUCAUAGAUCUUGAGAAACAAGACAAUCCUAACAAGAAAUGCUUGGUUUUUAUGACUGAAAAUGUGGAAGAAAGUCAAGAGGAUGUAAAAGGAAAAAUCCAACAAUUCAAUGGAGGAAGUCUCAGGAGUGUUCAGGAAGAUGAGAACACUGAAGAGCAUCUGUCAUCUCCAGGAGAAGAGUCACCAGGAACUGCAAUGAACCCAGAAUGCUGGAAUCAGGUGUCCUUUCAUUAGAUGGUAUACAUCACAUCCAAAACAGAGGAAAUUCUCUUGAUUUAUAGUGACAUAUAACCAAUAAACAAAAAUUUCCCCUGUGAGUAUUACAGUACGAAAGAAAACAAUAUUUUUGUUUCAUGGCUUGAAGGCAUUGCCAAUCUUAAAAAAAAUGAUCAAGUGUUUCCCCCUUGGCUGCAUCCAGUAAUGAUAAGUUAUUGCACAAUACAUGUAUUGCAAGGACAGAUGACACACACAAUAUAAGUGAGAUGUUUGAACUGUUGAGUUUAUAUUGUGCAUUAGCCUUGCUAUUAGAAACCUUAUUACACAUUUUGUGUUUCAUUUUGAAAAGAGACAAGAGUUAUUAUAAUAUUAACUUUGUCCUUUUGAUAGUUAUUUUAAAUGCAACAUUUUUUUGUAUGCAGCACUCAUAUUUGUGUUUUGUUCAUUGAAUUUUAAAAGUCAUAGUCACUUGGCAGUUCAGGUUUCUUACUGCUUAGUAUUAUGAACAUAUUAAAUGGGAAAAAUAGGUCAGAAAUUAAUUUGUCCAUGUGUGAGCCUAAAGCCCAAUUAUUGUAUUAUGUGACAACAACAAGGUUUUGUCAUUCGACACCAAUUACUCCAUCAAGUGUCACGUAGAGGUGUGGGCGCAGUAGUUAAUUUAAAAUCAUUGUUGUCUCUAAGAUGACAGGAUGAAAAUCUUGACUGUCAUAAAGCAUUGAAUGUCACUAGCAUGUUACAAAUCCUAUAAGCCUACAUGGUUCAUUAUAGAAGUUUUUCCAAGUUAUGUUUCAAAUAAUUAAAAUCAUUUUCCCUUCUGCUGUAAUUUUCAGAACAAACUAUUCAAAGAUAUUUUUUUCAAACGAGACUAGUUUCAACUGUGAAGAACAAUGAUACAAAAUAGCAUUAUUUACACUUAAUUUUAGCAUGUUUCCUUACAAGGCUACCUUUUGGAAGGAACAGGUAAUUAAAUAACUCAAGUCCCUGGUCAGCUUUCUGCCCCUCCGAAUAGCUAUGCCACAGUCCUAGUUUUUGCCAGUGGGCAGAGUAUCCCUGCAGUGGUGAAAAUGUUGGAGGAGUUGGGAAUCUCAAUUCUCAACUUGAACCUGCCAUCUCUCAGUUUUGUGGGGCUGUCAGUGGAGAUGAGCCAUAGUUCAUGUAUGUGCAGUUUCCAGAGGCAGCUAGCCAUUGAAAUGAUAAGCUACCUCCAUUGAAAGUGAAUUUUGGAGACACUGGUGUCUUGAACAUGGACCUGUGGAGACAGAAAUUCUUCUGCCUCGGCAGGUUGAACCAGGGAACAAAUUCUGGAGCCCAAGAGUUACAUUGAUAAGAUCUGGAAACUGCUAGCAAUUAAAUUGUGGCAUAGGACAUUAACUUCAAAGGAGAGAAAAAUGUACUAUUCUUUGCCAUCUGUAACAUAUCUGUAUUUUGUUACAACAUUUCAUUGUUCUUGAUGCUUGUUUUGGCUACUUGGUCAUCAAAGUGUGACAUUAGCUUAAUCAAAAUCACAAUAACCAAUAGUGCUUAUAUCAACAGACAAAUUACAUGUCCAUCAAUCUCAAUAGA